AUGUUCAACCUACUGGUAUUCGGAGCGGCUACGCUCGCCCUGGUGAGCGGCCACGCCUGGACCGAGGUGUCGAAGUGUACGCACCAUUGCGGAAUGUGCGGAUACCAGUUCGAGCACUCGUCCCAAGGCACCCGCUUCAGCCCGUGUGCCAACCGCCCCUGCAAGGUGGGCCCGGCUUGCUGCCGCGGGUUCCAUGUCAAGGAGGUUGAUGGGGAAGAAUUCUGCGUCGAGAAGAAGCGCGACAAGGACCACCCCAAGAACAGCGCCCACCUCGAGAAGCUGCUCUCGAUCCUGAAGCACAAGCACCACUCUGAUGACUCGGAUGAGCAUGAGCACCAUCAUGGAAAGCACCACAACAAGCACCAUGACCAGAGCAGCGAAGAGCAACAGGGACGUCACCAUCAGAAGCACCACGGAAAGCCCCGUCAUGAGAAGGAGAGCAGCGAGGAGGACAAGGAGCACCACAAGGUCAAGAAGGAUAGCAGUGAGGAGAAGCAGCACGAGCGCCACCAGAAUCGCCACGCGCGCAACCAGCGCAAGCGUGACCACAGUGACGAGCGUCAU